AUGGCGCGGGCGCUGCUGGUGGCGCUGGCGUGCGCGGCGUGCGCGGGCGCGGCGGCGCGCUACGGCGACUACUCGGGCGCGCGCAUGCCGCAGUACGGCGGCGGCGACUACGACGCGCGCGAGCACGGGCCCGCGCCCGAGCCCGACGACUACCGCGGGCACUCGCCGGAUGCGCCCGCCGCGCUCGACUACAAGUACGAGGAAGACCCUUCGAACUCACAGAUUGGUAAAACAGAAUCACCACCUGGGAAAGAAGUCGACGAGGCUGAAUCUUGGCAGCACCGACCGGCUAGAAGACACAAAAAGAGUCGAGCCGUAGACGACAUCCACACGGAUCCCGCGGACCGGUUCGAUCCCGAUGACGAUUUCCCCAAACCAAGGUCAAGUAACCGUUUCACAAAACACCACACUCGCCUCAAAAGUCGGAAAUUUGAGCGGCACGACGAUGAGUUGCCAAAAUAUUCUGAAAAUCACAAAAUCAGGAACGACGACAGCGAUACUGAAGAGGAGUUACAAAUAGAUAAAGACUUUCGAAAUGAUAAGAGAAAAAGCUUUGAGGAAGAUCGAUAUGCUCACAGAGCGGGCGGUGAGAGAGUGGUGCGAAGAAAGCCUAGAGAUAGGCAGCUAAAAAAAGAGGAUGGUGAAGAAUCCGCUAAAUCUGACUCUGAUGUCGAUCGGUGGAUGCUUCCAGGGAUGGGCCGCGCGCCCGGGCCGGGGCCGCUGAGCGAGCGCCUCAUGCGCCGCCGGCCCCCGGACGAGUCCAUGCCCGGCCCUCGAGAGCCGUCAGACGAGGACGAACCCAUUCUACAAGGAGAAAAGGCCAAGGGGAAGUCUAAGGGCUAUGAUGACUACAGCGGCGACUACUACGACAUGAAGAGAGUAAUGAAUAUUAAGAAAAAAUUGCCAUCACUGUUGCGACGGACGACAGUGACGGAAGAGAGUCUGAAGCUGUCAACGCGGUCUCUAGAAGACUACUUGUCCAACCGCCGCAUAUUUUUGCCGCCGUCGCCGGCCAAGCGCACCACCACCGAGCCUCCCCCCACCGAGUCCCACCCCACCUCCACGACAACGACAACAACCGUUACAACCUCAUCAACUACAGCUAAAACCGCAAACAUCUCUAAAGAAAUGUCGUUAGCCGAAAAGUCAAGGUUAUCGAUUCUGAAGAAGGCGCAACGGAAGGAGAGCAUGAACCUGGACACGGCGACGAAGAAGCCGCCGGUGCUGCUGCAGGUGACGCACAAGCUGCCGACGCUGGUGAUGGUGGAGCCGCCGUCGUCGGCCGAGCCGUGGAUGCGCGCGCAGGCCGUGUUCGCCGACUCGCCCGCGCGCCUGGACCAGGUCAAGCGCCUGAUGCGCCACAAGCUGGUGGCCAACGCCAAGAACAUCCACGAGCUCACCGACAACUGGGACGACCUCGUGUGCGACUACAUCGACAUGUCUCUGCUGGACGCGGUCAGCUCGGUGCGCCUUGACCGUGACGCACAUUUGUUUACAACUGUACUUUUUCAAGUGAUUAUCAUAAUUCGGUAGUGAAAGUGGUUAAG